AUGAGGUGCAGUCCUGGACAACAGCCACAAAGCAAUCCUUGUGUCUCACGUGGCAAAAAGUGAAAGUGCAGCUAAUGCUAAGCAUGUCUUUCCUCGUUGCUGUUUUUUGGUAUUGCAGAAGGCUAUACAGCUUUUUAGCACAGCUACUGAAACGGUGGAGCAACUACCUUCAGAGAAAACUCAUAAGGAAUCUCAGUGUGCUGACAGAAGUUGAUCUGCUUGGUUAUAGUGCGAGAGAAUGGAAAGGAGAAACAAAGCAGGCCAAACACAUGAGGGAGGCAUAUGAAGAAUUGUUUUGGAACUAUCAUAUCAAAUAUCUGCGACAAGUCAGGAGGGACAACUACUGUGUACUAAGAGCAGUGCUUUUUCAGAUAUUCAGCCAAGGCAUUCCUUUUCCAUCAUGGAUGAGAGAGAGAGAUAUAUUAAAGCUCCCUGAAAAGCUUUUGUAUUCUCAAGGUUGCAACUGGAUUCAGCAAUACAGUUUUGGGCCAGAAAGAUACAUGGGUCCCAAUGCCUUUGGUAAAUUGCGCAAAUGUAUGGAGACAUUGAAGACAAAUUGGACUGAAAUAAGUGCUACUAAAGAUCAUGAAGAAAGAGGGAACAUGUGUAAUACACUCUUUUCUGAUGAGAGCAAGGAGCACAAACUAUAUGAGGCCAUAAAGUUCAUCAUGCUCUACGAAGUUGUUGAAGCCUAUGAGCAGAUAAAGAACAGGGAAGAACCCAUACACAACCUUUUUAGGCUUCUCCUUGCUCGUGAUUCUUCAUCUGACCCAUUGAGUUUCAUGAUGAAUCAUCUGAACUCCAUAGGUGACUCUAUUUGCCUAGACCAGGUUGAACUGUUUCUUCUUGGAUACUUACUUGAAGUAAAGAUAAGAGUUUACAGACUGCAUAGGUUUAAUACUGAGGAAUUUCAGGUAAACUAUCCAGAUGAAUACCGAAGGGAAUGGAAUGAGAUUUCUCUCCUGACCGAGGAUGACCGCUACUAUCACAUCCCCCUUUUCAGAACGUGAAGGACCAAUGACUUUUUUUUUUUCCUUUGUAUAAUAUAGUGAGUGACCAGUUCCAGUGAAUUAGGUUUCUAAUUGGCAGCAGUAAGAUUUUGAGAAUCCUAGUUAAUGAUUACAAAAUGAUUUAUGGGUUUAUUGUGUAAACAUUUUGCUUUCCCAUUAACAGC